AUGCGUUAUUUCCCGCCCGCGUCGGGGACCGUGUAUGUGUUUGGCGGCCACAGCUUUGGAGAAUUCUUCGGCGACCUCCUCGCCCUCAACCUGGACACGAUGGUAUGGACGAGCGUGUGGCAGCCGCCGUCACCGCAAUUGUCAUCAGGAGCAGUGGAUGCCUUCCCGUCUCCACGCCACUCUGCCACCCUGUCGCUGUAUGCGGGGGUGCUGGUGCUGGUGGGCGGUGUGACGGAGCACGGCAUCAGCAGCGACAUCUGGCUGUUCAACACCACCGCCCCCAGUGCCGGGUGGAUGCAGGUGGUGCCAACGGAGGUGUGCGUGAGCACAUGUCCUCUUGGCGCCGUUUACCGCAACGCGCGCUGCGUUGUUGAUCCAGAUGCACCCACGAAUGGCGAUGGUGAUGGCGAUGACGGGUCGCCAUCGGCCACAACAACUGCACCAGCACCGGCAACGUCACUGGAACCUGGCACGGGCAAUGCCACCGCAUCGGCCACAAUGACAGCCGCCACAUCAGCAGCAACAGCAAUGACACCCGCCGCGCCAUCGCCCACGGCAACAACAGCAGCGCCCGGCCCCUCCUCCACCAGCACCGCGCCACGGAUGGUGUGUGAGCGAGGCACGCUGCCGCCGCUGGCAGACCACACGGCGACGGUGGUUGGCGACUUCAUCUUCCUGAUUGGCGGGCGUGCUCCGGACGAUGAGUUCAGUGGUGUGAUGCACCGCCUCAACAUGCAGGCGCCGCCGCCGCCAACACACACGCACGCAUCAACCAGCCACGACAGCACGAACACCACGAACAGCACCAGCAUUGCCAACCAUACUACAACCACCAUCACCACCACCAUUACAACAACCACGACCACAACCACGACCACCACCGGUCCUGCUUCGUCUUCGGCAUUUGCCGGGCUGCAUGUUGGUGUGGAGCGCAUCCCUGUGGCAAAACCGCUGUUUCUGGAGGUUGUUGGCCACACGAGCGUGUACCAUCCGCCCACCGACAGCAUAUACGUGUUUGGCGGGUUUAAGCCGUAUCACGCCCGCUACGCAGACGAGCGUGAUGCCCUGUACAUCUUCCACGUCGCCGAGCUGGCCUGGUCAACGCCGCGCACGCCUCGCGGGAAUGCCCCACCCGGCCUGGCCUUCCACACAGCAACACUGUUGGACGACACGAUGGUGCUGUAUGGUGGCACACACCACGUCCAUUACGAAGAGGAGAUUUGCUACAGCAACCACAUGCACGUGUACCACUUUCGCUGCAACGCCUGGUCGCUCGAGACAGACGUCACUGACCAAGGCAUCACGCGAGGACGACAGGGCCACGCCGCUGUUGCUGCCGACAGCAACACGCUGGUGGUGGUGGGCGGCUUCGACGGGCGCACGCGUGGGGACGUGCUGCUGGUGCGGGGAUCGCCUGGCUGGUGCUCUGCCCACGCGGACGAGGACAGCUGCAUUGCCACGACUGCUUGCGGUGCAUGCGUGCAGCCCGCGGGCACUGGCGGUGAUGACAGCGGCGCUGUCAUGCGCGCGUUUGUUGAGCUGCACAACUCCACGCUUGCGCCGUCGCCAUGGCUGGUGCGUGCGAGUGAGGCUGCAGCAGCAACAGCGCCUGCAACAGCACUUGCCGUUGCCAGUCACUACGCUGCGAGCGUCACAGCAGCGCACGUGAUGACAGCAGCCAACGUCGUCGCCUGUCUCAAAGCGUGCGCUGACCUCGGCGAUGCAUGUGUCGGUGUCAGCGUUGAGCAGCUCAGCGAUGGCACUGUCAACUGCACGCUGGCAUCUGUUUCCACCAAGUGCGCCCCGUUUGCCGGUGCCAGUGUGCUGUUUCGCCCCUCCACGCCACAGGCGGACGCCUUUGUUGUCUACGAGAAGCGCACGCUAGCUGCUGCACCCUGCGCUCUCCAUCAGCCCAUUCUCCAGGCCCUCGAGGACCACCUUCGCGAUGCGCAGCAGCACCAACUCCUGUACCAGCGCUGCCUGUCGGUGUCUGCCACAGGACCACACUGCACGUGUGCGCCAAACGCGGCUCGCAACACGUCCCUGUCGUCCCUGCAGUGUUACCCCACGACCAACUGCUCGUCCACAGACCCAGCGCCGUCUUCGCCUGUGCCUUGUCCUCCCACAAGCAACGCCACCAGCCAGCAGCAAGAGCAGCAACAACAACCACGGUGCUUUGGUGCAGACGCCCCGUAUCUGCUGCACAUCACCCCAGGCAACAGCAGCGCCGCGUUUGCAUGUGUCUCUGCUCGCGACUGCAUUGCACUACGCGGCGUUCCAACACCAGCAGCACAACCAGCAGAUGCGAGAACACAGCCCGACUUGUGCGCGUUUGACAGCAUCUCCCCAUACCCAGCGCUCAUCGGGUCAUCGUCGUCACCAUCGUCGUCACCAUCGUCGUCACCAUCUCCAGCAUCAACCCUCACGUCAUCAGCCGCCCCGCCCACCACGACAGCAGCGGGUACCAGCAUGGGCAUGAUCGACGACAACACCAUGCUUCCUUUCUGUUUCGCUGACCCAACAACAGCCGGCCAGCUCUUCCGCAACCAGUCUGACUUCCACACCACCCUGCUCACCGCCGAUGACCCUCCCACCCUCUCCGCCACAGUUGCGUUUGUGCCAGCGUUUGACCCCCUGCUUGCCAUCGCCGACACGCCUGCUGCUGUAGCUGGUGCUGUGCCGGACGCGCGCCACGGCGACUGCUACGUGAGCGCCAUGGCCACGCAGCCGCUGUGGUCGGCAACGCUCGCUGCGCCAACACCCAUCGCAACGGUGGUUGUGCAGGGCAGCACGCCUUCGUGCUUUGACGCACCAGGAGCAGGGCCCGCAGCGCAGCAGCUGUGCAUCCCUGAAACGCAGGAUGUGCGCGUGGUGGUUGGCACCGAUCCCACACACGUGCUUGCAGGCAAGACCUGCGGCUCUGUUCGCCUGAACGGUGGCCAGCCGGCAACAGUGUCGUGCGGCGGCGAGGUGGCCAGCGUCAUCAUCGUCCUCGCUCAGGCCGGCCCCACCAUGCUCACGCUGUGCUCCGUACGCGCGUUUGCUGCAUCAGACGCCGCCGCUGUUGAGGAUGGGGUUGCAUGCGGCAGCCGUGGCGAUGGCGUGUGGAUGUCGGGUGCCUGCACGUCGCACUGCAACGCCCACCGACAGUGCUCGGAGUGCGCUGCUGAUGACCUCUGCGUGUGGUGUCACGGCACGAGCACGUGCGUGUCGCUCUUUGCGGACUCUGGCGCCGCGUUGGACGAGGAGGAUGCGUGCCCGACCGCCAUGGAUGUGCCCGUCACGUCCACAUCGCAGUGCCACCUGCACCGCCCGACCACGGGCAUCACGCGGGAGCAGUUCUUUGAUCUGCGCGGGUCCUGGACCCUGCACGGCUUCCGAACGUCGUUUGAGUUCCAGCACAGCUUCCCCUCCACGUCCCAAAUUAUCACCUCCUCCUUUGCCGUCAGCGACACGGAUGAGAACUUUGGCGAGCGCAUCCACGGCUACUUUGUGCCUGCAGCAACAGACACCUACCGCUUCUACAUCCGCAGUCGGCAGGGCUACUAUGCUGAGCUGUUUCUCAACACCAACGCCUCCGCGGUGGAUCCCGCGUCAACUGCAGUCAUCGUCGCCCGCCAGUCACCAACAUCCUCGCGGCCACAACAGUCGUUUACAGACAGCAGCGUGCAGUCGCUUGCGGCAGUGCACCUCAGCAAGGGCGCCCGCUACUACAUUGCCUCGCACGUGUUUGUGUACAGCCGCAGCUCGUUUGGCCGGCACGAGGUUGCCGUUGCUGCCAAACGCGCGAGCGAUCCAACGGGCGUGAGCGACGCAGACAUCAUCCCAGGCGCACGCCUGCGCCCCUUUGAGGCGGAUGUGUGCAGCAGCAUCGACAACUGCUUUGGUUGCACGGCCGCUGCCAACUGCGGGUGGUGUGGGAACACGUGCAUGCCCCUGGAUCGCGUGUCCCCCAGCACCUGCACCUCGUUUGCGUACACGGACGACCAGUGCGCACAGUGCAAUGAGUUUACGGACUGUGACGAGUGCAUCGCCACAGCGCACUGCGAGUGGAUCCUGUACGCGUGCCGCCGCGUCUCUGGACAUUCGCUGGCGGUCACCGCCACAAACGACCUGUCGUGUCCGGUGCCAUGCACGGAGCGCACGUCAUGCGCAACGUGCACGGACAGCCAGAGCUGUGGGUGGUGCGCCUCCACCAACACGUGCUUUGACUUCAAUGGCUACCUCACCCGCUUUGCAGAUGGCGAGUGCGAGUCUUGGCACACGUCGGCGUCCACCUGCCCAGAUUGUAGCGCACACACCACGUGCACGUCCUGUGUUGCUGACUUUCAGUGCGGCUGGCUGUACGCCCACGACAACGCGGCCGUCGGCGCGUGUAUUUCCGGCGACUUUGCUGGCCCCUUCAAUCGCAGCGCUGCCGCCGUGCCGGAGUCGCUGCUUGAGGCCAUUGCCAACACAUCCCAGCUCUUCAGCCCCCACAACACCUCCUCAUCUUCGACAGUAAUUAGUCCUGCCAACAGCACCAACAGCACCAGCGACACCACGAGGGCAGCGGCAGACAUGUACCCGCUGGCAUAUGUGUACGACACGUGCCCCGAUGUGGACGAGUGCCGAUUUGAGUACGACGACUGCCCGGGCAACGCCACGUGCGUUGAUGAGCCGAGUGGGGAGCACCUGCGCAGCUACCGGUGCGAGUGCAACCCCGGGUAUGCAGCAACAACGGCGGGCACGGGCGAAGGAGGUGGCGGACAGGGCCUGAUGUGCACGCCCAUGUGCCCUGGCUGUGUGCAGGGCGACUGCAUUGCGCCCAACACGUGUCAGUGCCACCGCUUCUUUUCCGGUGCAAACUGCACAGAGUGCACACCCAUUGGCUCGCUGCUGCCUUCGGCAACCACCACGACAACGCAACCAACGACCAACACCACCGCUCACAACACCACCGCCAGCGUGAACGGCACGACCACCUCCCCCGCGACUACCAUGCUGCGUGUCAACGUGUGCGGGGCCAAUGCCGUGUGCGCACCACCGGGCUGGAACACAUCGUUGCCCUUCAACGUGAGCGAGCACAUCAGCGGGUACCCAUCAUCGCCAUCCUCCCCGUCGUCGUCGUCAUCAUCGCCUGCGUUUGAGUGCCAGUGCGCGCCCGACUACGCUGCACCCGUACAUGCCAGUGCCGGCUGUGAGCCGCAGUGCACCACGCACGGAUGCGUGCACGGCACAUGCGUCGCUCCAGACACGUGCGCGUGCGAUGAGGGCUGGGAAGGCGCAAACUGCACGACGUGCGUGCAAGGUGCGCAUGACGAGUGCCACGAGGACGCCGUGUGCUAUGACGCCAACGGCGACCUUGGGUGCCGAUGCAAGGACGGAUAUGCAGGCAACGGCCGCACCGCGUGCUUUCCCGUGUGUGUGCCGGCGUGCUCCGACUUUGGCACAUGCGUUGCACCCAACCAAUGCGAGUGCCAGACGGGCUUCACGGGUCUUGUGUGCGACAAGUGCAAUGCAUCGCAAGCGCAGACGGUGCACGGGUGUGACGAGCACGCCACCUGCCGUGUUGACCUGGACCCGCUCACGCUCGUGUGGACGCAGUCGUGCGAGUGCAACCGCGGCUACCACGGGUCUGGCAAGGUGUGCGAUGCCACCUGCGCCGCGUGCGAGUUUGGGCAGUGCACAGAGCCCGAAGUGUGCACAUGCGCGCCCUUUGCCAGCGGGGCGGCGUGUGACGCGUGUGCAAAUGCCACCAUGUGCAGCAGCGUGGCCUUUUGCGCCAAGUCUCUACCGGAUCUCACCGCCAUCCUCACCAACGGCAGCAGCAGCAGCAACAGCACUGCUCCGGGUGGCGGUGGUGGGUCGGCUGCGCUCAUCCCUCAUCGACGCCACAUUCCGCUUGAAGGCGAAACCACACGUUACGUGGUGGCUGUGGAGCAGGGAACAAGGGCGCCGUCGUCAGCAGAGACGGCAGCAUCCGUCAUGAUCAACACCACCUUUAUCGAGCACUCGCAUGAGUUUUGCGCGUGUCCGCCUGGGUUUGAAGGCGACGGGCUGACAUGCACGCCCGUGUGCUCGCAGGGGUGUGUCAAUGGCCAGUGUUCGUAUGCUGCUCGCGUUGAUGGCACCUUUGGCAACUGCACGUGCGCUGUGGGCUUUGUGGGAGACGACUGCAGCGUGUGUGUACCUGGAGUGGCGGAGUGUGCUGCCAACGCCACAUGCAAGGCCUCCACCAACGGGCACAUGAUGUGCCAAUGCGAUGAUGGGUUCGCAGGGGACGGCAACGUGGCCUGUGCCCCGGUGUGUACACAGGGGUGUGUGCACGGCACCUGUGUUGCGCCCAACACGUGCGCGUGUCAGGUUGGCUUUGCAGGCAACAACUGCACCAUGUGCGACAUGACCGCUGCGGACUAUCCGUGUGCACCCGAGGCCCUGUGCACAAUGGAGCCAGCACCCAGCACGGCAACAGGGUUUGCACCACGCUGCACUUGCCCUCCUGGCUAUGCCGGUGACGGCAGCGUGUGCGAGCCCGUGUGCUCUGCAUGCAUGUUUGGCACGUGCACCGCCCCUGAGACGUGCACCUGCGAUGAAGGGUUUGUGGGUGAUGCUUGCGCAUUCUGCGAUCCACAACACCCGCCGUGUGGCCUGCACGCGUCCUGCGUUCCAGUGCACAACAACAACAACAGCAGCAGCAACAACAGCAACAACAACAACCACAACAACAACAACAACAGCAGCAGCAGCACUACCACCACCGCCACUGCCACCAUCAGUAAUGCAACUGCAAUGACCAACAGCAGCAGCACCACAAACAGCACGAUGCGUGGCGUGUGCCAGUGUGAUGACGGCUACGCUGGCGACGCGCUUCUGGGCUGUGCACCCGUCUGCGCACACGCGUGCCAGAACGGCAACUGCACGGCACCUGACACUUGCACCUGUAACCCCGGCUUUAUGGGUCCCUUGUGCGAGCAGUGCGUGCCUGAUGAUCACAGAUGCACAGCGCACGCAUCGUGCGUGUUUCUCAAUGCCACCACAACUACCACCACCAGCAGCACCACCAGCAGCAGCACCAGCAGCGAAAAGAGUGCAGGGUUCUACUGCAUAUGUGAUGAAGGGUAUGUGAGGCGCGGAAGUGCUUGCGAGCCAGUGUGCCUGCAGGGAUGCGUGCACGGCUCGUGCAUUGCGCCCGGCAUGUGUGCGUGCGAUGACGGAUGGCUUAACGUGGAUGCUGCAAACUGCACAGAAUGCAACCCCGACGGCGCCAGCAGCAGCAGCAGCAGCAGCAGCAGCAACGACAAUGGUGCAACUUCCGUGUGCACGGAGCACGCCACGUGCAAUGCCGCGUCGCGGGCGUGCGAGUGCGAUGUCGGUUACGCACCGCAAGGGCAGGUUGCUGGCGGCUAUGGCUCGUGCAGCCCCGUGUGUGCGCCUGCGUGUGUUCACGGCACGUGUGUGGCACCGAACGCGUGCAACUGCCAGGACGACUGGGGCGGCCCCACGUGCGAGGCAUGUCCACCCAACACCAUCUGCAGUGCUCGCGGGUCCGUGUGCGACAAGCUCAGCGACGCACAGGUGCUGGCGUUCUCCAGCAAGUACCCUGGCUUCCGCUUUGUGUUUGAGACCAACACGACCGCAGAUCUGCUGCGGCAGUAUCAGUGCACGUGUGCACACGGGUGGGCGGGCGACGGCGCCACAUGCCAGCCCGUGUGCGAUGAGCCCUGUGUGCACGGCGAGUGCACGGGGCACAACACAUGCACGUGUGACACAUCGGAGAACAGCGGUAACCCUGCAUGGGCUGGCCCGCUCUGCACGGAUUGCAUCGCCAUCGAGCAUGGCUGUCACCCCAAUGCCACCUGCGCCUCGUCAUCGUCAUCCUCCUCGGGAGAUGUGACGUGCCAGUGCAAGCCUGGGUUUGAGGGCGACGGAAGAACAUGUUCCCCCGUGUGUGAGGACGGGUGUGUGCACGGCACAUGCGUCGCCCCAAACACGUGCGUGUGCGACGCUUCCACUUUUGACGACAGCGACAGCGGCGUUCCUGCUUGGGCUGGGGCUGAUUGCUCCAUCUGCCUGCCAGAACAGCACGGAUGCCACCCCAACGCGUCGUGCACGGCCAAGACCGCCCCGCUUGGCGCCGACCCACCAAUCGCGUGUGUGUGCAACGACGGCUAUGAGGGAGACGGCAUGGCGUGCGCGCCCAUCUGCACGGACCCCUGUGUGAACGGUACGUGCACGGCGCCGGACGUGUGCUCGUGUCACCUCGGGUUCACUGGCGAAAACUGCGACGUGAACUGCAUGUGCAGCUUCUCCAGCUCCUGCGAGGACCAGGGCCCUGGCGUGUGCGACGCGUGCCAGCUGCACACCACGGGAACCUUUUGCGAGCGGUGUGAGGAAGGCUUCUACGGUGACCCUGGCAGUGGGGUGCCGUGCCAGCCGUGCCCGUGCAACGGACAUGGCACGUGCCACCACCGCACAGGCGAGUGCACCUGCGAUGAGACCACGCAGGGCACGCACUGCAAUUCGUGUGCGUCGGGAUACCACGGCAACCCAAGCAAUGGCGGGCCCUGCUACCGCUAUUGCACACAGGACGUGAACCGCAUUGUGCUGACGGCGGGCGAGGGCUGGAUCUCGUCUGGGCCUUCAACGUCGUGCUCUUACAGCAGCAGCAAGCGCUGCCACGCCCUGGAGCGCGCGUGCGUGUUUGUGAUUGCGGCCAACGACAGCACAAGUUCCAUUCGCCUGGAGACGGAGGAGCUUGAGGUGGAGUGUGUCUACGACUCGCUGCGUGUGCUUGAAGGUGCAUCGCAGUUCUCGCCCGAGAUUGCAGUGCUGACGGGCUUCACGCCUCCGCCGCCCAUUGUCUCGCGUGGCGCUGUCACGCUGCAGUGGUUCUCUGACUUCACGUGGGCUGAGAAGGGCUUCAAGAUGCACUACGUGAUUGAGCGCUGCCCGUUCAUGUGCAACGGUCGCGGGACGUGCGAUGAGGCCACGGGCGUUUGCCACUGCAGCGCAGGGUGGCAGGGCGAGGCGUGCGACGUUGAGGUGUGCCCCAAUAACUGCAGCGUUGCUCUUGGCCAGGGCGUGUGCGUGGAAGACGACACGGGCGGUGAUGGUGCUGGUGGCGGCGGCGGGUACAAGCGGUGCGUUUGCAUGCACGGCUUCACGGGCCGCGACUGCGGUGACCCGCCCCACCACGGUGGGUGGAACGAGUACUUGGAGCGCAUGCCAGAGCCGCUUGCCGGCGCUUCUGCGGUGUAUGAUCCCGUGACCAGCGCCGUGCUGCUGUUUGGCGGACGACCUCCACAGGUCAUCCGCGACCCCGCGCUCAGCAACGCCCUUGUGGCGUUUGACGUGUCCACACGCACCUUCACCACCAUUCAUGGCAGCACGGAAGGCGAUGGCAGUGCCGCUGGUGCUGCCGACAACAGUGGUGAUGCAAGCAGUUCAGACGGCGACGGCCUUCGUGGCGGCGUACCCACCGCACGCUACGGCCACACCGCUGUGCUGAGCGUUGAGCGACGGCAGAUGUUCGUGUUUGGUGGGAGGCUGCAGAGCACACGCGUGUCCAACAGCUUGUUCGUGUACGAUGUGGAUGCAGACGUAUGGGAGCACGUGAAACCGCUUGGAGAUGAGCUGGAGCCGCGAUUUGCACACACAGCAACGCUGGUGGACGGCCGCAUGUAUGUGAUUGGCGGCGUGAGCAACGAUGAUGGCCUUGUCUUCAGGGCACAAGUGUUUGACCUGGACACCCUCAACGUUGAGACGCUGCCGCCAUCUGGUGCGCACCCUGCUGGUUUGCUCGGGGCGACUGCCGUGUUCUCGCCUGCCGCCAACCGCAUUCUCCUCGUUGGCGGCGUUGGCCUUGAGCGCCAGAUCAACGGCAUCUACAACAGCAGGAAGCGAUUCGCCUACCGCGCGGUGCGACUUCAAGAUGACGUGUAUGCCUUUGACGUGCGGAAUGCGACGUGGGCGAGUGUCGCGCCGUUGCCGCGUGCCCGCGCGUUCCACGCGUCGUUUCUUCUUGACCGUUUCCUGGUGACUUUUGCCGGCAACAGUUUCCAGCACGGGUCUGGUGGCGACUGUCCAGACUCGAGUGUGUACGUGUACGACACGCAGUGCGACGAGUGGCUCUCUGCUGACAGUGCGCUCGUGCAGCUUUUCAGCCAGGAGGAAGUGCCGUUUGGUCGCUCUUUUGCUGCCACCGCACACAUCAUUCACGGCGACACACACAUGCACGACGCUGCUGCCCCCUCCCUGGCGACGAACGGCAGCAGCAGUACAAGUGGCGGUGGCCGCGCCGGCGGCACAAGUGGCGGUGAUGCGAGUGGUGCCGAUGGUGUGGUGCUCACGCAGCCACCGGAAUCUGCUUGGAUGUUUGGCGGCUUUGGACGCACCAUGCUGGAUGACGUGUAUGAGAUUCGAUUGCCCAACUGCAGCGCCGCGCACGCCAAUGCAACGCAGUGCACGCAAACCUCCGGCUGUGUGUGGUGUGGCGAUGAUGAUGGUGGUGGCGGCAGCUGCGUGCUUGGGGUUGGAGCCACGGCCGAGGACACAUGCGCACGUGAGAGCACGUGUGCGGCACCCCCGUCCUGCUCCACAAUUCGCACAUGCGGCCAGUGCGCCUCCCGCGACGACUGCUACUGGGUGAUCACAACAACAGGACAAUUUGCUGGCCUUGCUGGCACAUGCCACAGCGCUGCCGGCACGGCAGCCACCGGCAUUCAGGCGAAUUACUGUGACCAAUGCGGAAUCCGCUCAUCCUGCAAGGCUUGCACAGACCCAGAAUUCUUGUACGAGUGCGGCUGGUUUGAACAGUCCACCUUCAACGAGCACUUCUGCUUUGACAAGGAAUCGCCUAUCAACGCCAUCCCAGAUACAAUUGAGGAGCAGGCUGGUUGCCCGGCUGCUUGCAGUUCACUGCAGUCGUGCGACGCGUGCGAGCAGGCUGUGGGCUGCCAGUGGUGCGGGUCGUCGCAGGUGUGCCAGGAAACCAACCUCUUCCCCGAUCUCAACGCCGUCGGCGAAUGCGCGAAUGACGAUGUUCAGGCUGGCAACGACGUGUGCCCACGCGAGUGCUCGUCGUACUCCACCUGCUCGUCCUGCCUCCAGAACAGCCGGUGCGGCUGGUGCGUGGAUCCUGUGUCCGGUGAAGGCGCGUGCGCAGCUGGCGGGGCGGUUGGCCCCUACGACACGACAUCCAUGUGUUUUGGGCUUGUGGACCAGCAGUCCGUGUCCAUGGCCGUCGCAAGCUGGUGGUACUUCAGCUGUCCCGACAGGAACGAGUGCGAGCAAACACCGCAGCCGUGCGACGCCAACGCAACGUGCACCAAUAUUGUGGCGCCACGAUUCCCUGGCAGUGAUGACAAGAGCUACGAGUGUGUGUGCAACGAUGGUUUUGAGGGUGAUGGCAGCGUGUGCACGCCCGUUUGUGACACCUUUGGCUGUUCUCCUCAACACGGCACCUGCGUCGCACCAGACGUGUGCCAGUGCGACACCGGUUUUACAGGUGUGAACUGUACACAGCUGUGCCCAUGCAACAAGCACAGCUCGUGUGACAGCGGUGGCUGCGACAUGUGCGAGCACAACACGGAGGGCACCAUGUGUGAGCGCUGUGCACCUGGCUUCUUUGGCGAUGCCACGGCAGGCACCCCGACAGACUGCAAGCCCUGCAUGGACGUGUGCAAUGGCCACAGCACGGAGUGUUUUUCGUCCAUGGACGCCGCCAACGGUGCAGCGGUGUGCAAGCGGUGUGACCCAGAGAGUCACACGACGGGCCAGUUCUGUGACGAGUGCAUGGAUGGCUACUACCGGGACCCAGACGCGUUUACCAACAGCCAGCAAGUGCUCUGCCUUCCGUGUGAAUGUAACGGGCGCGGCGAUGCGUGCAACCCGCUCACGGGAACAGACUGCCAGUGCUUCAGCGACAUGCACGCGAUCACGCGAAACCCCGAGCACCAGUGCGGGUCGUGCGAGCCGGGCUACGUGGCAACAGGCCUCGGCGCUGGACUUGUGGACCUGCGCCCCGGUGAUGCGUGUCACCGCGCCAUCAACCUGACAGCAGUCACGUCCACGUCAUCUGGUGGCGAGCACGUGGGGCGCAUUGAACUGCAGCCGAACAGGGCCCCGUAUCGCGUUGCGCUGCUGCCUGUUGGCCGCGGUGCGUACCGGCCCUUCCGCAACGCCAUGGUGGAGUUUACGGAACUGGAGGGGGAGGUGGUGGUUGACGUGAUGAGUGAGGGCGCAGCGGGUGCCCAAUCGUGUGCCGACAGCACAUGUCGCCGGUUCCUGUGCUCGGAAUUCUCGGGCUCGUGCACGCAGCUCACGCUCACGCCCGACACACCUGCCACGGCUUCCGGCAAUGGUGGCGUUGAUAAUGACGACGAUGAUGUUGCUGGUGUUGCCGAUGAUGAUGGCACGGUGAUGAGGAGAAGUGCAAGGAGUAGCACUGACGCUGAUGCCAAUGCCGUUGUUGGUGGUGGUGGUGGCAGCGCGGACGUGAACGUGGAUGCGGUUCUGCUGUCGCCAACAGUGCCGCCAUCAUCGUCGUCGUCGUCGUCGUCGUCGUCAUCAUCAUCGCCAUCCAACCUGCGGGUCACGCUCGACUGCUCCGCCUUCAACUUCCUGCAAGAUGUCGUGUUUGUGACUGUGCGAGCGGCGCGGACACGCGAGAGUGCAGCGGUGGCGUUCACCAUUGGAUAUACGCCUGCGAAUGAGGACGAGGACGGGCUGCAGUGCGCAGCGUGCCUCGACUGCCCAGUGCCGUGUGUGCCCGGGUACUUCCUCGACCCCGACACGCCCGAGCGGUUCAGGUGCCGCGCGUGCGAGUGCAACGGCCACGGCGACCGGUGCAACGUGCUGACUGGCGAUUCGUGCGGAUUGGCGGCGGAAGGGUGCGACGUGGUUACGGGGGAAGACUGCAGGUGUGCGCACAACACCGUCUCGCUACAGGUGCGGGCAAACAUGCUGCCGUACGAGUACCAGUGCAACCGUUGCCGGGAUUUGAUCCAGACGUCAUCUGGCAUGGUUGUUCUCUCCGGAACGCCGGAGAACGGCAAGCAGUGCUAUCGGCAGAUUGUGCAGCAGGCCGUGCAGUCGCCGAGCUUGCAGGCAGGCGAGUCGCAAUUCUUCGUGUUCACACCAGGCAUUUUUACCAACGUGGACCUCCGCGUGACCAUUGACGUGUGGCAGGGGACGGUGGCUGCGGUUGUUGCCACAGACAACGGCACGGUCGUGGACUUGCUUGGCGAUGGCGAGAACACGGAGAACACGGACGCCAACGCCACCCUGGCCACGCCCGCUGCAAGCUCAUCCAGCAGCAGCAAUGGCAAUGCCGGCAGUGGCGGUAGUGGCAGCAGCACCGGUGGUCGUGGCAUGCUGGAGCCGCUGCAGCUGGCGGAAGGGUUUGUUGUGCCGAGCAACGCGACGGUGCGGCGAGACGUGAUUGAGGCGGAACGCGCGUACAUGCGCUUCAGCCACCGGCAGUUCAACUUCUCCACGACGGUGUUCUACUUGACGGUGGUCAACUUGGGCCCGGAGCCAGCGCAGCUGCGGGUGUUUUCCAGCCAGCCCGUAGUCUCCAUCGAUCUCGUGGUGUUCUUCACCGUCUUCUUCUGCGUGUUCUUCUUGAUUGGCGCCAUGGUGGUGGGCGCGUACAAGCUCAACAGCCUGUAUCACGUGCGCCAGUCUGCGCGCGAGGAGGUGCUGGCCAUGGAAACGCUUGCCCGCCGCCCCUUUGCCACCGCAACCUUGAUGCUGCGACGCGAUGCGCAGGGGAAACAGCACGCACGAGCAAAGCCGGCCCGGUGGAUGUCACCCCUAUCCUCGUCCUCAUCAUCGUCGUCGUCGCUGAAGCCGCGCGGCGUCCUGACAUCGUCAUCGGGGUCACCCGCGUCAGCACCGGGUGCUGCUUCGAAACACACACCGUCGUCGUCGUCAUCAUCGUCCGUGCCUGCAGGCAAGCGGGGCGAGGAGCCCGUACCUGUGGCUGUGCAGCCGCUGGCUGCACCCCGCAAGCACGAGGCAAUUGCAACAUAUGUGAUUGAGCUGCCAGGUGGGCGUGGCGAUGGCCUGCCCACACUCUCGCUCGGUAUUGCGCAUAUGACGACGCAGAAGCAGGGGCAUCUGCGGAAGAGGCGGCGGCGACACAAAGGAAAGCGCGGGAUCGCUGUGAAUCCAAUGCCCAUUGACAACACACACGUCUGA